UCCUGCCCCGCCCCUGGCCCAGGCCCCGCCCCGUGCUUGCUGGUUAAGUAGCCGGCUCUCCCUGCCAGCCUCAGCCUGACUUCAGCGCUCUGACUUUCGGCCGACUCCCCUCUAAUGGCCAACCGCUACACCAUGGAUCUCACUGCCAUCUAUGAGAGCCUCCUGUCGCUGAGCCCUGACGUGCCGGUGCCAUCCGACCAUGGAGGGACUGAGUCCAGCCCGGCCUGGGGCUCCUCGGGACUCUGGAGCCUGAGGCCCUCCGACUCCAGCCCAUCUGGGGUCACCUCCCGCCUGCCUGGCCGCUCCAGCAGCCUGGUGGAAGGCCGCAGCUGUGGUUGGGUGCCCCCACCCCCUGGCUUCGCACCGCUGGCUCCCCGCCUGGGCCCCGAGCUGUCACCCUCACCCACUUCGCCCACUGCGACCUCCACCACCCCCUCGCGCUACAAGACUGAGCUAUGUCGGACCUUCUCAGAGAGUGGACGCUGCCGCUACGGGGCCAAGUGCCAGUUUGCCCAUGGCCUGGGCGAGCUGCGCCAGGCCAAUCGCCACCCCAAGUACAAGACAGAACUCUGCCACAAGUUCUACCUCCAGGGCCGCUGCCCCUACGGCUCUCGCUGCCACUUCAUCCACAACCCCAGCGAAGACCUGGCGGCCCCGGGCCACCCUCCUGUGCUUCGCCAGAGCAUCAGCUUCUCCGGCCUGCCCUCCGGCCGCCGGACCUCACCACCACCACCAAGCCUGGUCGGCCCUUCCCUGUCCUCCAGCUCCUUCUCGCCCUCCAGCUCCCCGCCACCACCUGGGGACCUUCCACUGUCACCCUCUGCCUUCUCUGCUGCCCCUGGUACCCCCGUAGCUCGAAGAGACCCCAGCCCACUCUGUUGCCCCUCCUGCCGAAGGGCCACUCCUGUCAGCGUCUGGGGGCCCUUGGGUGGCCUGGUUCGGACCCCCUCUGUACAGUCCCUGGGAUCCGACCCUGAUGAAUAUGCCAGCAGCGGCAGCAGCCUGGGGGGCUCUGACUCUCCUGUCUUCGAGGCGGGGGUUUUUGCACCACCCCAGCCCGCGGCAGCCCCUCGGCGACUCCCCAUCUUCAAUCGCAUCUCUGUGUCUGAGUGACAAGUGACUGCCCGGUCAGAUCAGCUGGAUCUCAGCGGGGAGCCACGUCUGUUGCACUGUGGUCUCUGCAUGGACCCCAGGGCUAUGGGGACUUGAGGGACAGUAAUCAAGUAAUCAAGUAACCCCCUUUUCCAGAAUGCAUUAACCCACUCCCCUGACCUCACAUUGGGGCAGGUCCCCAAGUGUGCAAGCUCAGUAUUCAUGGUGGUGGGGUAUGGAGUGUCUUCUGAGGUUUUUGAAAAAAAAAAAAAAAAAUGUAGCAUAUUUAAGGGAGGCAAUGAGCCCACUCCCCCACCUCUUCCCUGCCCAAAUCUGUCUCAUAGAAUCUUAUGUGCUGUGAAUAAUAGGCCUUCACUGCCCCUCCAGUUUUUAUAGACCUGAGGUUCCAGUGUCUCCUGGUAACUGGAACCUCUCCUGAGGGGGAAUCCUGGUGCUCAAAUUACCCUCCAAAAGCAAGUAGCCAAAGCCGUUGCCAAACCCCACCCAUAAAUCAAUGGACCCUUUAUUUAUGACGACUUUAUUUAUUCUAAUAUGAUUUUAUAGUAUUUAUAUAUAUUGGGUCGUCUGCUUCCCUUGUAUUUUUCUUUCUCUUUUUUUGUAAUAUUGGAAACGACGGUAUAAUUAUUAUAAGUAGACUAUAAUAUAUUUAGUAAUAUAUAUUGUUACCUUAAAAGUCUAUUUUUGUGUUUGGGGGCAUUUUUAAAUAAACGAUCUGAGUGUAA